CUUUGGAUGAGUUAGAAUUAAAUACAGAUGUACCUAACCCUGGUCAUAUUCAAGCAAGUGUUAGAACAGGGCUAACCCAUGUUUAGUCAGUGAGCCUAUAUAAGGAAACCAAACUUCAGUGUUUAGCAGCAGAAGCAAAAAACACUACUUAGAGCUGGUGUGAAAAUAGUGUAAGAAAUGCAAGAAAUGGGGUUCACUCUUGCUUGAUUUUGGCUUUAAAAACCGUUUUAAAAAAAUUAAGUUUUUGAGUGAUUUCUGGGAAGCUGGUUUACUGUGACUCAGAGGACCGGAAACUGUUGCUAAACACUUGACUGAUCAAACUACAGCAGUAUUAUAACUCUCAUAGAAAACAUAAUCAACAUGGCUGAUGAUGCCAAUGGAAACUGGUCGGUGGUUUCAGACCAGGAAAAAGGGAGCAGGAACAAGAGGAAGUUUGAGUUUCCUCUAGAAACUCCUACUGAUUCACCUGCGCUAUCUCUUACUGAGUUUCCAAGAUACGAAUUAUUAGAGGAAGUGCUGAACGAUGACACUCUUAUUGAGUUUGAGCCAUUGACGGACAGGCAUCCUCAAUAUAAUGAGGAACCACUGGAAAGUUUAACAGAUGCAGAUUGGGAGGAUUCCAUAAGUUGGGAACUUCUGGAACUUUUACAUCAAGAUUUGUUCACAAUUUUCCAGAGCGCUGUCAAGAGGAUUUCUGAGAGUGGAUACAGUGAGGAAACUGCUGUACGGGUUAUCUUGAGAAGUGGCCUUUAUCAUGGCAACAAAGAUGCCGUAUCAAAUAUUGUUGAUGGUGCUUUAGCUUUACUGUCUAGUGGAAAGGGACUCGAUACAGGUAGACAUCUUGUAUUUGCAGAUUUACGUAGCCUGGUAGACUACACAUUGCUGGAGAUGAUAGGUGUGCUGAGGGCGGUUAAGCCAGUUUUGACAGUUGCAGAAGCAAUGUGGUGGCUGCUAAUGUUGGACUUGAACCUGGUACAUGCAUGUACUGUGGGAAGCGAUCUUCUGGAUGAGUUAUGCAAUCAAGAAAGUCCAGGCAAUAGCUCAUCUGCUCUGGAACUUUCCCAAUCAAAGACUGGAGCUUCUGGCAAUACUCAGUUAAACCCGGAUAACCAACAGUUGUCAAAAAAUUCUACAGAAAUUGCUCAAACCUUGCAGUCCAAAGUUCCUGUCGCUAGUGCAGCCCCUGAAGAAAGUAAGUCUAAAAAUUUACAUGUUCAACCAGCGGCACAAGGAAAAGGAAGUUCCGUACCUCUUCCAGAAGCAGAGGCUAAAUUGAAAGCGGCAGUUUUAGAAGACAAAUCGGGGGCUGGUCGAAAGGUGCUAAAUUCCAGGAAGGAUUUGUUUGGGCGCAGGAAUCAGUAUGAGAGGAACUGCAGAUGCCGGACGAAGAAAAUUAAGGCAAAUAUCACUGCCUUGGGCAGUAUGGUUUUGGACAAGACAGUGAACUCAUCUGCUUCUUCUGGUGCAACAAAGAAGGGUUCUCACUCUAAGGUAAAUACUUUAGUCAAAAGCAAUAAAGCUUUAGCAAAAGCAAGUUCUGAUAGUCCGUGCUCUUCCUCAUCCAUUGCACCUUCAACUGACACCUCUAGCCUGCCACCUGCAGAAGAUAACAUAAACAAAAAGGAUCCCGAUUCAUCAGCCAUGGAGCCUAAGUCUAGUAUAAAGGCCCACAGCACAAUUAUUUCUUCUGCAGUACCAGAUUAUUGUACUGGUAUCCCAUAUGAUGAGUCUCUGGGGAAAUAUGUCCCUCAAGAUGGCAGAGAUGAAGAUAUAUUGGUGCUUGUUCCCCGUUUGAAGACAUUGCAGAAAGAGCUCCAAGGGUGGUCUGAUUGGGCAAAUGAGAAGGUAAUGCAGGCUACUCGGAGGCUUGGUAAGAACCAGGCUGAACUUAAAAUGUUGAGGCAAGAGAAAAAAGAUGUUGAGAAAGUUCACAAGGAAAAGCAAAUCCUGGAGGAAAACACCAUGAAGAGGCUUAUGGAGAUGGAGCAAGUGUUGGUAAAUACCAAUUACCAGAUUGAGACAGCUAAUUCUGAUGUUAGCAGGUUGGGGGAGGAGAGUGGUGUACUAAAGAAGGAGAUGGAGACCUUAAAGCUCUGUGCCAAAAUCUCUGCUAUAAGCAUGGAUAACGCUUUAGCAAAGGAGCUGGAGACAGUGAAGAAGUGUCAAGCAGCGGAGGUGGAGAAACACUUAUUGCAGGAGCAGUUGUCUACUCUCAAGCAAGAAUCAGCUGAUUCACAGCCGCAACAAGGGAAAGCCAAGAAGCGCUUAGACCAGUUUGAGGUUCUACGGAAGCAGGAGGAAAAGGUGAAACAAAGGUUUCUGCAGCAAGCUGCUUCUUUGAAAGCUAAAAGGGAACAACUCGUUGCUCAGGGAAAACUAGAGGAAGAUAAUUUGAGAGAGCCAGCAAAGAGAAACUUGCAAAACUGUAAAGAAGAUAUCCAAAAGCUUGAGAGUGAAAUCUCUCAGUUGAGGUUGCAGUCUGAACGUUCAGAAAUAGAGGCACUUAAACGAGGCACCCCUCAAAUGAGAAAGGGUUUAGCAGCCUAUGAAGGAAGUUCUGGCUCUGCUGUUUUAAAGAUGGAGAGGGAGUGUGUUAUGUGCAUGAGUGAGCCGAAAUCAGUGCUUUUUCUCCCGUGUUCACAUCAAGUCCUUUGUGCUGAUUGCAGCAUGCGCCUUCAGAAGAAAGGAAUGGUCGAAUGCCCUUCUUGUAGGACACCAAUCAAGCAGCGGAUCCAUGUCCGCUUUCCUGAUUCUUAAUUGUUAGCAACUUCAGAACAAUGGCAGGGAAAAGGAGCUGGUCAUUGUUUUUUCAGAAAUAGUCUGUCCUUUUUUAGGCCUUUCUUUCAUAGCAUAAGUGUAAUAGUUGAUAGGAAAUGGGAAAAGGUGGUAUAGAUAUGUAGAAAUUACUGUGAAAAGAGAGAGAAAGAGGGAGGGAGGGGGUGCUUAUUGGUUAUUGUAAAUCCUUAGUUGGAACUUUGAGGGUUUAAUACAAAAAAUGUUGUUCAAUGUGCUUAAAAAGAAAAACUUUAGUUUUGUAGAUACCUUGUUAAAUUUUAUCUUCCUCAA